UACCCAGUAGCGGGCCAGUUGGUAAACAGAGCCGAGCGCGUGCGGGGGGCCAGUAAGGUGGCGAGCGCGCGGAGGCCGCGCGAAGGUGACCGAGACUCCCAGCUACCCGCGGCCUGUCCUCAAGCGUGGCUGCCAUGUUGGGGGACGCCAUCAUGCUGGCCAAAGGCCUCGCCAGACUGACCCAGGCGGCCGUGGAAACCCACCUGCAGCACUUGGGCCUCGGUGGGGAGCUCAUCAUGGCAGCCAGGGCCCUGCAGUCCACAGCUGCAGAGCAGAUUGGUGCGGUCCUGGGGAUGGUGCAGGGUCAAGAUAAACAUGAAGCAUCUUAUGCCACUGAGAGCUUCGAUGACGAUCUAGAAGUUGAGGUCCACUUUGCAGGGGCUGGGGCCUCCACUGACUUCUCUGCAGCCUCCACCGCUGACCAGUCACCCUCUCCAUCUGUGGGUCACCUGCCCAGUGAGGGCCCGGCCCCCACCUAUGUUGCCAGUGGACCAUUUAGGGAAGCUGGGCUCCCAGGCCAGGCCGCCGCCCCACUGGGCAGAGUCAGCGGGAGGCUCUUCGCAGACUCCAGAGACUUCUUCUCUGCCACUGGCUUCCAGCGAAGGUUCUUCCAUCAGGAUCAGUCCCCCAUGGGGGGUCUCACAGCCGAGGACAUUGAGAAGGCCCGGCAGGCCAAGGCCCGCCCCGAGAGCAAGCCGCACAAGCAGAUGCUCAGUGAGCGGGCUCGGGAGAGGAAGGUGCCAGUUACGCGGAUUGGGCGGCUGGCCAACUUCGGAGGUCUGGCUGUGGGUCUGGGCUUUGGGGCCCUGGCUGAGGUUGCCAAGAAGAGUCUGCGCCCCGAGAACUCCACAGGGAAGAAGGCCGUGCUGGACUCCAGCCCCUUCCUGUCCGAGGCGAAUGCAGAGCGUAUUGUCCGCACGUUGUGCAAGGUGCGCGGGGCUGCGCUGAAGCUGGGCCAGAUGCUGAGCAUUCAGGAUGACGCGUUCAUCAACCCUCAUCUGGCCAAGAUCUUCGAGCGGGUGCGGCAGAGUGCGGACUUCAUGCCCCUGAAGCAGAUGACGAAAACGCUCAAUAACGACCUGGGCCCCAACUGGAGGGACAAACUGGAGUACUUUGAGGAGCGUCCCUUUGCGGCUGCCUCCAUCGGGCAGGUGCACUUGGCCCGCAUGAAGGGUGGCCGCGAGGUGGCCAUGAAGAUCCAGUACCCUGGUGUGGCGCAGAGCAUCAACAGUGACGUCAACAACCUCAUGGCCGUGCUGAACAUGAGCAACAUGCUCCCAGAAGGCCUGUUCCCGGAGCACCUGAUCGAUGUGCUGAGGCGGGAGCUGGCCCUCGAGUGUGACUACGCGCGUGAGGCCGCCUGUGCCAGGAGGUUCCGGGAGCUGCUGAAGGACCACCCCUUCUUCUACGUGCCCGAGAUUGUGGAUGAGCUCUGCAGCCCCCAUGUGCUCACCACAGAGCUGGUGUCCGGCUUCCCCCUGGAUCAGGCUGAGGGGCUGAGCCAGGAGGUUCGGAAUGAGAUCUGCUACAACAUCCUGGUCCUUUGUCUGAGGGAGCUGUUUGAGUUCCACUUCAUGCAGACAGACCCCAACUGGUCCAACUUCUUCUACGACCCCCAGCAGCACAAGGUGGCUCUUCUGGACUUUGGGGCCACGCGGGAGUAUGACAGAACCUUCACUGAUCUCUACAUUCAGAUCAUCAAGGCCGCUGCUGACCGGGACCGUGAGGCUGUGCGCCAGAAGUCCAUCGAGAUGAAGUUCCUCACUGGCUACGAGGUCAAGGCCAUGGAAGAUGCCCACUUGGAUGCCAUCCUUAUCCUGGGUGAGGCCUUCGCUUCUGAGGAGCCCUUUGAUUUUGGCACGCAGAGCACCACAGAGAAGAUCCACAACCUGAUCCCUGUCAUGCUAAAGCACCGCCUCAUCCCGCCGCCCGAGGAGACCUACUCCCUGCACCGGAAGAUGGGUGGCUCCUUCCUCAUCUGCUCCAAGCUCAAGGCCCGCUUUCCCUGCAAGGCCAUGUUCGAGGAGGCCUACAGCAACUACUGCCGGAUGCAGGCCAAGCAGCAGUAGCCCCGGGCUAACCCCAGGUGGCCCCACCAGGUGGCAGCGGCAACCUCUUCCUCAACUCCUUGCCAGCCCACAAGGAUCCCUGCAGUGCUUUACAUGGUUUUCAUGCUAAGUGGGUGAGGGAGAGAGCCAUUUUAGCCUCCACCUCUUUUUUCCUGAUGUGAAUGUCAUCCGGAAAUGAAGGGGCACCUCCUUCCGGCCCCUGCUGCCGAACAGCUUCUGGCUACCUUCUGCACAUGAGGCUGGGAGUUUGAGAGUGAGGUUUGUUUCUGCUCCUGUGGUGUGGAGCUGGGAGCACAGUGCCAACGAGUGCGGUCACCUGCUCAGCCAGGCCUCUUGGCCGCUGCCAUCCUGUUAGGGACAGCUUGACCCGUCAGGACCUGCGUCUUCACAGGGAGGGCGGAUGGGAGCGGGGAGGGAGACGGUGCUGGCUGUCACGUACGCCAGAGGGUCAGCACAGGUGCUGUGAACUUUUGUACAAGUCUUGUAAUUAUCAGAUUUACUUGUUUCAGUUCAAUUAAAAAAAAGUGCUGUGGAAAGUUCCGUGGGGCUGUACCCCUUUGAUGACUCCAAGGCUUUGAGGCACGGCAGUGGCCCCCCUUUCUAGAGGCAGUGGCCCUUUCCCUGCAUGGUUUGCCUGCCCCUGGGUACUGCUGGUAUGAGGUGCUGAGGACUGAGUGGGCAGGCUCAGCCCCAUGUCACUGCCAAAGCCACUGGGCAGGCCUGCUGGUUGGUGCUGGGCUGAGUCACAGCAAAACCCACUUGAGAGGAGGCCGGGGAUUUGGCUCAGUGGCUCCACCACCUGCCUUGCAAGUUCAAGCUCCUGAGUUCGAUCGCUGGUACCAAAAACAAAAACCCACUUGAGAGCUAGCACAGGUGAGGGACACUCCUGAAAAGUAGCUUUCUCAGAGAAUGAUUUGUGGUUAAUGAUCAUCUGCCUGUCUGGCAGGGACCUUUCCAGAUCCAUGAGCACCGGCAAAGAGCAUGAGAGGUGACCUCGGGGCUCCACAGUAGGCCACUCUCGGGUAUGAAGGGCCUUGGAAGAAAGCUGACUUCCUGAGAUUUGAGACUGACAAGUCUUGGCCAUGCUGGGCUCUGGGAAGAAUGGGGAAGUCUGGCUGGUCCCAGCUUGGCCCUUUAGGGACAUGGUCCUCAGACUGUCUGCAGGCUGCUCUCUGGCAUCCUGUGGCCCCUGCUCAGACCCAGAGAAGCCAAAUGUAGAAUCCACAGGUUCCCCUGCCGGGGUCCUUACAGCCCCUAACAAAUGAGGCUGCAGUACGAAGAGGAUGGAUGGGGGCAGAGACAACAGCAAGAACCACUGACCAAGACUGUCGGGAGAAGUUUUUGUGCGCACAGGUCUGAGACCAGCUGUGACUGGUAACUCCCGGUCGAGAAGAGUGCAAAGCACCAGCUGUGUGAAUAAUGGAGCAGGAGCAAACUGUCGUGAACCUGGGCACACACGGUCUGCUUAUCUGUUUGUCUUUUAUAGUAUUAAGGUACUGAAUGACGGUGGCCUCCAUUCACAGUGAAAGAAUGUGACCGUCCGGAACUUUGUCUCCAUAUCCCUAACAUCUAGUGACCAGGUCAUGUGCCACAGCAUGGACUUAAGAGUAUUUGCCACUGUUGGGCUUGGUGGUCGAGUGACAACACAGAUGUUGCUCUUGGGACUGGCACAUUCAUGCUCCUGGCACUCGGGGCGUCAUGGAGAACUCAGGCUCACUACCAGAUAGCAGUGAGUGGUGAAUCGGGAUGUGGAAGAAGACCGGCUGGUCUUAGUCCCUGCUGUCCACACCAAGGCCCGGCAAGCUCCUGUCCACAGGCCAAACUGGGUCCUCUGCACGUCUGAGGAAAGGUUUCAUUGGAGCACAACCACCACUCCCUCACUGCCGUCUGUUUUGCACCCUAGGGCAGAAGUGAAAAGCUGCAAAGAUGAGCGUGUUACUGACCGGCCCUUCGUGGGGAGUUUGCCAAGCCUUGGUCGCCACCACACAACUGUGGCCUGAGCACAGCAGCACCUGUCAGUCAGAGGGUGAGGGAGACAGGUUUCUUGGCUGGGCCACAG